AUGGAUUAUCCUACUUUCAAUGUUACAUCAAUUACUACUAUUUCCAGCGAUAUUCAGAGACUACAUACGUGUUUAAGAAGUUUGGAUCUACCAAAGACCGACCUAAACCAUGUCAUAUCGAUCCUAAAUUCUCUUAUAGACAAAAUGCUUCCGUUUUCAAGCCUGACCUAUAUGUUUGAAAUUGAACCUAACGAACGACUUAAGUUGCAGAGAAAAAUAGGUCUAUAUCUGCUGUUAGCAACACAAUUCGAUUGGUUACUCCAAGACGAGGUAAGCUAUUUAUCCAAUUUGCAAAAUCUACUUCAAUCUAGAAUGUAUCAAUUAAAAAUAUUUGAAAUUUACAUAAAAAAGGAUGUCGUAGAUGAAGAGAACUAUAAAGCGCUACAAGAAGAGUUUCAUACUCUGAAGAAGGAUAAUAACGCCGAAAAUUCCAGCACAACUUAUAAACUAUGCAAUAAAAUAAUGCUCGAUGAAGUCUCAGUACUUCUUCAGUGUUGUAUUAUAGAAUUCCUAAAUACAGGUGCUAUUAGUGACAAGACAAACUUCAGGAUAUACAUUGAAUGGCUCGAGUCCACUAUAAAUUGUUCAUUAGCCUUACAGCAGCAAUCAAAGUUGAUUCUACUCUUAAAUUUUGGUGUUGCGAUAUUACAUAUUGUACUUGAAGAGGAUGAUGAUGAUGAUGAGGAUGAUUAUGAUAUAGAGAAUGGUAGUGUUGAUCUGAUAAAUCAUACAGAAAGGUUUAGACUAUGUUGCAAUUCACUUUUAAAAUGUUUGAAAAGUUUAGAGGAGAUUGGAGGACGCAACAAAGGGCACUCUUUUGAGAGGUUGCCUUUAUUUUAUGAGGUCAUCCUAACAGGUUAUGUACUUACUAGCAUGAUACUGAUUAGCGUCGAUAGAGACAAUAUCAAUCCUUUUGGUUACGAGCAAAUGAAGAUAUUGAACGACCAACCGAUAAUGUUACAAUUAAAAGGGAUAUAUCAAAAUUUUAUCGAUUUGAAUUUGCAAGAUUUGUACCAUUCGAUUCAAAAGAUUUCAAAGGUUACUGAUAUUCUUUCUGGAAUAGUAAAUAGGAUAUAUCACAUAUGCCAGAGUCUGAAAUUAUGGACGAAAAUUGCACCUAUUUACUCUUCUAUUUCGAUCAAUGAUAUAAGGUCAAAACUGCAAGUAAAUCCGUCCUUGAAGGUUUCCAGAGAUGACGUUUUAAAGUUGUUGAUGGUGUCCAUCAUGAAGGACAAAGCUGCUGUAUAUUUCAAGAUUGAUUUCACCAAGGAUAUUGUGCUUUUUGGUGACGAGUAUAAGGCUCCAUUAUCGUUAUAUCCAAAGGAAGUGUUCAAUCUAGAACCUAAUCUUUCACCUACUUCAGAAAAGGGGGAGAAGAGUCUCAAUGAUACUGAAUGUCUCACUAACUUAGAAUAUGCUGCGGAUAUUAAUUUGUUCACGACCCGGUAUAGAUUGAGAAAUUUGGAAAGUAACGAAUUCUUUGACCAACUGAAAUGCAUUAGGGAGAAUGCUCACUCGGAUGACUCGUCCGAAUUCCCCACAUUGAAGAAACAAACCAAGAUAGCAGAAAUUAUUAGCUUAACGCAGCUCAAUUUGGUGGUAAUGAAGGGGAAAAAUGGACGCACCUAA